ACCAAAAGAAAAAGGAGUAUAUUUUCCUAUUGAAGCAAGAGUUCCUCCUGAGUGUGUGAGGUGAAAACAGAGCUUGACCUUUGAAAGAUCGCAUGGCGAACAAAUGUGAAGGACAUGCCGUGGGGAUAGACCUUGGAACAACGUACUCGUGUGUGGCUGUUUGGCUGGAGGAGAAAAACAGAGUUGAAAUUAUCCACAACGAUGAAGGCAGCAAAAUCACACCUUCUUUUGUUGCUUUCACUGAUGGUCAAAGGUUGGUCGGUGCUGCUGCUAAGGACCAGGCUGCUAUCAACCCUCAAAACACUGUCUUUGAUGCUAAAAGGUUAAUUGGUAGGAAAUUUAGCGACCCUGUUGUUCAAAAAGAUAUUUUGUUGUGGCCAUUCAAGGUUGUUUCUGGUGUUAAUGACAAACCCAUGAUUUCCCUUAAGUUCAAGGGCCAGGAGAAACUCCUCUGUGCCGAGGAAAUUUCAUCAAUAGUCCUCACAAAUAUGAGAGAGAUUGCAGAGAUGUAUUUGGAAUCCCCAGUUAAAAAUGCAGUUAUCACUGUGCCUGCUUAUUUCAAUGAUGCACAGCGAAAAGCCACUAUGGAUGCUGGUGCCAUUGCUGGUCUUAAUGUUAUGAGAAUAAUUAAUGAGCCCACUGCAGCAGCUAUUGCAUAUGGACUUGAGAAGAGAGGUAGGUGUGAUGCUGAGAGGAAUAUUUUUGUCUUUGAUCUUGGUGGUGGGACUUUUGAUGUGUCUCUUCUCACCAUUAGAGAUGAUGUGUUUGAAGUUAAAGCAACUGCUGGAAACACUCACAUCGGGGGAGAGGACUUUGAUAACAGAAUGUUGAAUUACUUUGUAGAGGAAUUUAAGACGAAGAACAACGUGGACAUUACCGGGAAUCCAAGAGCUUUGAGACAGUUGAGAACUGCAUGUGAAAAGGCAAAAAGGACACUCUCCUUCAAGUUUCUCACAUUUGUUGAGAUAGAUAAUUUAUUUCAAGACAUUGACUUUUCUUCAUCAAUCACUCGUGUCAAGUUUGAGGAAAUCAAUAUGGACCUUUUUAAUGAGUGUAUACAGACUGUUGAGAGUUGUCUUACUGAUUCAAAGGUAGACAAGAGUAGUGUAGAUGAUAUUGUUCUUGUCGGUGGUUCUUCUAGGAUUCCCAAAGUGCAGGAACUAUUGCGUAAUUUCUUCAAUGGGAAGGAUUUGUGCAAGAGCAUCAAUCCUGAUGAGGCAGUUGCUCACGGGGCAGCUGUCCAGGCUGCUCUAUUGAGUGAAGGCAUUAAGAAUGCCCCAAAGUUGGUGCUGCGAGAUGUCACCCCUUUGUCACUUGGUAUUUCAGUGAAUCAAGACACCAUGGAUGUGGUAAUUCCUAGGAAUACUUCUCUACCUGUGAAGAUGACAAAAGGAUAUGGUACUGCUAGCGAUAACCAUUGCCGUGUCUCUAUUAAUGUUUAUGAGGGUGAGAGAGCAAGAGUCGCGGACAACAAUCUGCUAGGUUCUUUUAUUCUUUCUUGUCUUCCAGAUACUCCUCGUGGCCAACCUUUGGAUGUAUGCUUCACUAUCAACGAAAAUGGUAUACUGAAUGUUUCUGCUAUGGAAAAAUCCACUGGCAAUAUGAAUGAGAUCACGAUAACCAACGACAAAGAAAGGUUAUCCAGAGAAGAAAUUAACAAAAUGAUUCAAGAAGCUAGAGAGUACCGUGCUGAAGAUGAGAAAUUCCUAAGGAAGUCUAUGGUAAUGAAUGCAUUAGAUUGCUGCAUUUACAAGUUGAGGAAUGGUCUAAAGAUUAAGGACGUAAAUUUAAAGCUAUCAUCUCAAAAACUCAAAAAGAUCACUGAUGCAAUUGCAGUGGCUACAAAUUUGCUUGAUAAGAAUAAUCAGCGGAAUGAAAUUCAUGUUCUCGAAGAUCAUAUGAAGAAGCUUGAAAAUAUGUUGAAAGACCUUGAAGUAAAGACUGAAUAGUUUUCUUUUUCAGCAGUUAGGUUGAUAAGUGUUGUCUUGCUUUUGUACGUCGUGAAUGGAAACCUUUAUGAUGAUGAUUUAUUAUAUAUUUUCUAUUAGUUUUGAAGGUUGGACAAAAUUUGCUGUGACCAUGUUAUCUAAGAUUGUGACUGUUCCUGACUUGUAAACCAACAUUAUUAUGCCAACCUUGUGCUAAAAGAUUGUAACCAUGACUUGGGCGCUCA